AUGCCCGCCCGCGCGCUGGCCCUCCUCGCCGCCGCGGCCCUGGCGCUCGCGGCCUCCCCGCCCGAUCCCUGCUAUGAGGACGGCCGCCCCCGCCGUUGCAUCCCCGACUUCGUCAACGCCGCUUUCGGGGCCCCAGUUAUCGUAUCCUCUGUUUGUGGCCGUCGGGGUCCUGAACGUCUCUGCGAUCCGCCCGGUGACCAGCCUCCCGACUCCGCUUGUCGGGUCUGCGACGCCGCCAGAUCCGACCGCCGUCAACUACCACAACACCUCACUGACCUCAACAAUCCCAACGAUGUUACCUGUUGGCGUUCCGCUGCCCUCCCGACCGCAUCCUACGAUUCACCACCAGAUAAUGUAUCCUUAACCCUAUCAUUGGGAAAGAAAUAUGAGCUAACAUACGUCAGUCUCCAAUUUUGUCCUAAAGCGGCUCGGCCUGAUUCUGUCGCGAUAUACAAGAGUGCUGACUACGGCGUCACUUGGCAACCCUUCCAGUUCUACUCCAGCCAGUGUCGUAGAGUAUACGGAAGACCUAAUAAGGCUACUGUUACAGCUGCCAACGAGCAAGAGGCCAGGUGUUCAGAUUCGCAUAGAUUGGCAGGAGAUAAUGCAGCUGGGUCACGGUUGGCAUUCAGCACGUUAGAAGGCCGUCCGAGUGCUGCGAACUUUGAUGUGUCACCGGUGUUGCAAGAUUGGGUGACCGCGACGGAUGUGAGGGUUGUGUUUAACCGGUUGCAUAUGGUGAACGAAGGGGAUGAGAUUGACCCUAAAAAGCAGGCGGCUCCAGGGACGCAGCAUUAUGCUGUUUCGGACUUCGCAGUGGGCGGGAGAUGCAAGUGUAACGGUCAUGCUUCCCGGUGUGUGAUGCAGCAGGAGGGUGCUACGCAGCAGCUGGUCUGUGACUGCAAGCACAACACCGCCGGCCGCGACUGCGAGCGCUGCAAGCCGUUUCAUUUCGACAGACCCUGGGGACGCGCCACCGUCAGAGAUGCUAAUGAAUGUAAAGAACUUGACAUACUCCCGGUUUCUUCCUUAACCCUAUCAUUGGGAAAGAAAUAUGAGCUAACAUACGUCAGUCUCCAAUUUUGUCCUAAAGCGGCUCGGCCUGAUUCUGUCGCGAUAUACAAGAGUGCUGACUACGGCGUCACUUGGCAACCCUUCCAGUUCUACUCCAGCCAGUGUCGUAGAGUAUACGGAAGACCUAAUAAGGCUACUGUUACAGCUGCCAACGAGCAAGAGGCCAGGUGUUCAGAUUCGCAUAGAUUGGCAGGAGAUAAUGCAGCUGGGUCACGGUUGGCAUUCAGCACGUUAGAAGGCCGUCCGAGUGCUGCGAACUUUGAUGUGUCACCGGUGUUGCAAGAUUGGGUGACCGCGACGGAUGUGAGGGUUGUGUUUAACCGGUUGCAUAUGGUGAACGAAGGGGAUGAGAUUGACCCUAAAAAGCAGGCGGCUCCAGGGACGCAGCAUUAUGCUGUUUCGGACUUCGCAGUGGGCGGGAGAUGCAAGUGUAACGGUCAUGCUUCCCGGUGUGUGAUGCAGCAGGAGGGUGCUACGCAGCAGCUGGUCUGUGACUGCAAGCACAACACCGCCGGCCGCGACUGCGAGCGCUGCAAGCCGUUUCAUUUCGACAGACCCUGGGGACGCGCCACCGUCAGAGAUGCUAAUGAAUGUAAAGCACGAGAGAUGGGAAACGUCCAAGAAACCAGUUCCAGACGAUCUCCACAUUCUUACACAAAUUACGAAACUAUGGAGAGAUCCAUAGAUCUUGAACAUCUGAUGCACGCGUGUCAUAAACCGAUUAAACCAUAA